AGAGAACUUUUGUAGGUACAUAUUUGUUUUCCCUAUCUCGGCUACCGCCGUCGUUGACGUUCUCUGCUGAGCAGCAUCAAAUCGAAACAGCAACGCAAGCAGCAAAUUGUUUCGCUUGAACCGCGAGCACAGAGGGUCGAACGUUCGCCGUGCAUAACGUCGUCGCCUCGCUACGAUUCAUAUACCAGACCAAAUAUGUUUUUAAUUAAAAACAGAAAACAGCGAUAAGUAGCAGCUGCAGCAAAAUGCUGUAAUCAAACUGGACAAAAGCGGGUAGUUUAUUGUGCAAAAGUCGAGAAUAGUAGAAAAAUAAACAAUCCAAAACAAUUUUGUGAAAACUUACUUGAGCCUUUACGAAAAGUUAGUAUUUUUUAAUGGCUUGUUUUAAUUCGACUUAACGACGGCCCCAAAUUGCAUAACACCAAUCGUAUAUACAUAUGUGCGUUUCAGUGCGUGCUUGUGUGUUGGUGAAUACGCUGCAGCAGUGGUGGAAAUAUAAAAGGCAACAAAGCUUGUAAAUUGUGUUGAAUGGCGUAAACUGAAGAAAGAAUGGAGCAGACGUAUUAAAAGUGAAGGGAGAAGUAAGCUACCUAAACUAAAGAGGAGAAGGUCGAUAUUGAAAUCCGUCCAAAAAAAUUAUGAACGCAGUGCUGUAUAUUUACGGAGGACAUGAUCAUUAAAGAGUACUUUUAGUAUGAGUAUUAAGUACGCUCUGAUAUUAAAAUAGAAAUUUAAUAUUACAUACAUACAUAUACACUUGAAGUAUUCUAUUCCUGUCGUUUUAUGCAGAUAAAUUGCGUUUAAUAACACAUCAGUUAAUUUUUGGCGUAUAUGCUUUGAGUUACAAAGGCAUGCGACUAAAUCACUACAUUAUGAAUAACUAUAUGCGAAUCGACAAUAAUUGUCCUAAUUAAUGUCCUUUAGUGUAUACACUAUAUAAUUAUCCGACUCAUACAAUUUUAUAAUCUAUCGCAUAUUGAAACGGUUUGUCAGUUCCCACCGGCAUAAAUGACAGGUUGUAAAUAGAGUUGUCCUCGUUCUUAUUUACUAUCGACGGAAAAGAUUGUUGACAACGGAAAAUAAAGGAGUUAGAUCACAAUCGUUUUGAUAUAUUCAGCCAUACUAUAUAAAUAAUUGGUAAAUAAUACCAAAAUAAAGGGUCAAGAUGAAAUGACUGUGAGAUAAACAAUCAUCAGCAACCUGAAACCCAAAACAAAGCCGAUACACAGUAGUAUACUUGAAUAAACAAAUUCAAUUUAUUCACCACCCUAUCAUACCCAACAACAAUCGAUGCCGUCGUCGUUGCAGCUACCGCACUUGGUUGGUUGGUCAAGAAAUAGUCCACGCAGACAGCGUUGAUGGAAAAAAGUGAACGAAAGAAUUGGAGUGGGAUGUAUAAGUCAUAUGCCGACAGAAACAUACUUAGUUAAAUGUUUAAGAAUUGAAAUUUUAUGCAAAGUAUAAAUCUGGUCUUUUUGUUAUAAAAAUUAAUCGAAAAAUAUUUACCAACGUAACCCAUCAGUAUUGCAUCAAUCAAUUCGGUGAUCAUGAGAGUGAACAGCAUAGAAAGUGUGUUGUGACGAGUGAAUAUUAAGUUAUCAAGUGUGUGCAAGAGAGUGAAGGAGUGCAAGUAAAUAUAGUGUGGUGAAAAAUAACUGAACUAUUGUACCCAACGAAAAGGGUGAACGAGUGAGCAGGUGCGUUGCAUUAAUUCACAUUUUUGGAAUAUCUACGAUCUCGCUCGUGUGUGUGUGCAAUAUUUGUAUUAUUUGCUUUCCACGGAGGAAAUUGCUCUGAAGUUGAAUAAGCCGUGCCGUUGAAUGAGCGUUUUGCUGUGUUUAUCUGAUUGAUUGUAUGCACCAGCUGUUAAACAGAGCCAACAAACAACCCAUCAGCCAGCGGAAGAGCAGGGCAGAGCAGAGCUGCUUAGCGAGCGACAUUUAUAUUCAUCGGUCAAAUCGGUCGGGAUAUGGCCGUGUUCUUAAUAAACAUCUGCAAAUUUAAUGGCUGCGGCAUAACAUUUCCUAGUUUAGGAGAUUUAAUACAACAUAUUGAGGACACGCAUAUCGACUAUGAUCCUAAAGUGGUCGAACAGAAAGAGCAGGCACAGCCUGCAUGCUUACCGCUGAGCUAUGUACUGCGCUUCAUAUCGGAAGAUGCACGUAAGGAGAGUCCGUUCCUAUCCGCCAAUACGUCGGGCGUUGAACUCAAACGGAAGCUGGCGAUCAAACAUCACAGUUACAGUAUGUCGUCGUCAAAUCGCAGCAAUACGCCCACUGGCAGUGAAAUGGACGAUGACGAAAUGGUUGUUUCGGAGUCAGAAGAUAGCAAUGAUUCUUGGACAACCGAAGAAUUCAGCUCCGAGUUCAUAAUGCGUUACGGGAGCAGGCAUUCCGGUACCGGCAGCAAUGGCACACCAGGCAAUGAGAAACCGUUUGCGUGUCCCGUGCCUGGUUGUAAAAAGCGUUACAAGAACGUCAACGGCAUCAAGUAUCACUCGAAGAAUGGCCACAAAAAGGACGGGAAAGUCCGCAAAGGCUACAAGUGUCACUGCGGUAAAAGCUACAAAACUGCUCAAGGCUUGAAGAACCAUGCGCUGGUGUCACACAAUUCAUCGCCAGAGAGCGUCUUGAGCGCCCAACAUGUAGCUAAUAUAACAACCACCAGCAACGGCACAAGCGUCAAUGCGCCAGGCAUCAUUUUGCAACGCAGCAGCUCGCCCUCACAAUCGUUGGGUUCACUCAGUCCAUCCAGUAUCAGCAAUAUGUCGAGUAGCGCCAGUAGCUGUCAUGGCAGUGCCAGCGGCAAUACCUACAACGGCAACAGUAAUUCUGCUGGUAAUAAUAAUGGUGGCAGCAACUCCACUAGUUCUGUUGUCACAACUAAUGUGCUGCAGCAAUUGACGAACGGUACACUUGGAAAUGGAAGUCCGAAUGUUGUAGCCACCACAAAUGGUGUUGGUCUCAACUUACAUCAUCAUCAACAUCACCAAUCUCAGCAGCAGCAACAUCAGUUCAGCAGUCAGCAGCAACCACAAUUACAAAGUAUUGGAUCGUCGGCAACCGCACCAUCAGAACAAAUGAAUGCAAGCAACUCCACAUGCAUGCCAUUCAAUGGGCAACUGCUCACUACAGCUUCGUCGAUCGCCAAUGUCAACAACACUGCAGUCAAUAGUCGCAUCUCUGCUGCAGUCAUCGGGGCACCUCCGGUGGCCACUGUUGCAGUCAGCACUAAUGUCGCACCAAUGAAUGCUGCAGGAACAGCCAAUAGCAAUACGGUUACGCCCAUCUUCGGCGCUUCGCCCAUAAUUUCACCCACUUUCAUCGAGCAUAAAUACUCAGCAAAUACGUUCAAACAGAGAUUUUUGGCGAACCUUCGUGCCAACCAUGGCGGUGCGAGUAAAGCACACUUUAACAACAAUAACGGCAACAGCAGCAGCAGCAGCAACAAUAAAACCGGCAAUAAACAUUCGAUCGGUAAUAAUACAACCAGUAAUAGCUGCGACAAUACCAAUGACGCUAAUACUAAUACAAAUGGAAUUAGAAAUGAUAAUACAGCUGCCGGCGGUGGUUUGUUGGUCAAUCACUGUUCGAAUGGCCCUGUCCCGGGAAUAGCUCCUGUAGUGGGUAUUGAUGACUUCUGCUCCAUACAGCAGCAAUUGAGUGAAAACUAUAACAAAAGUGCAAUGUAUCCGAGGACAAUAAACUGAACCGUUCCGUUUCUCAGAUUGGAAUGUUUCGUUAAAUAGAUACAUGUGUAUGUACAUACAUAUAUACAUACAUAUAUUGUACAUAAUUAUGAAAAUGUUCGUACAGGCAUACGUACAUACGUGUAAAUUAAGCGUGAAUAUUUGGCUGUGAUGUAAAUGAUUAAGACUGCGGAAAGGCAAAAUGGCGACUUGCAAUAAUCAGAAAUAUUAUUGAAUUGAAAAAUUGGCAACAACGAAGGAGAGAGAUGGAAAAGUUUGGCAAAAGGCAGCACACUAGGAUGGAGUUGUGGGAGAUCUUUGCUGAGGGCUUGGAGGUAAAACGAAAAUUUCCCAACAUAUAUUUUGGUUCCGUCUGAUCUGUUUUUGUAUUUAAAUUGUUUUGUUUAAAGCUCAGUUACUAAGUUUCAUUUUUGUUUUCCUUUCUUUGCCUUUCACGUCUUGAAUUCAAAAAAUGUGCAUUUGAAACUGGUCGUAAUUGCAAUAAAAAAAAUUGUUAAUUGCGUACUUUUACUGUUGCUAAAUGUUCUGGUACGGAAGUUCUCUAAGUGCAGGAGAAGCUUAGAAACUUCAAGUUGUUCAUAAAACAUAGAGUUGGGUAAAGCUUAAACAAUAUUCUCCAACACUUUAUGAAAUUUAACCGAAAAUUAAAUUAAGAAAUAGAUUAUUGUGUAUGAAAAGAUUUCCUUACUAAAUCUCCAAAUAUAUAAAUACAGAGUAUUUCGAAAUUAUUUCUGUUAUAUUUGGUUGUACAUUAUAUAUGACGUUAACUUUGAAUCCUCCAUUUUCUUUCUUUUGACUGCACACUGCGUCACUCAAACCAAUCGAAGAAAUAUAUAAGCAAAUAUAUAUAAAUAUUAUAUUUAUCGAAACUAAUUAAACUCGCUGUACCAAAAAUUAUCUCUUAAGGAGUUCAACAUGUAUCCUUAACUUAUGCGUCGUCAUAAAAAACAAAAGAACAAAAUUAAAAAUAAGUACAUACAUACAAACAUUGGCAAUGUAGCGAAGAAGUGCAGAAUUAGAAAAACGUUUUAAAGGAGAAUAAAUGUUGAGAAAAGUUUAUAGCGCAUAGUUUCUUUCUGCACCCGCUGUAUUAGUGUGGAAAUGCGCAGCCAUUUCUUCAGUUUUACCAGGCUUUCUUUCUCCUCAAUUUUUUACUCACUAUGUUUUUAAUAUUUAUAGCAAAAUAUAAUGCAAUUUACAUAUGAAAUUUUAUUUAUGCUCUUUAACUAGUCACUAUUCUUGUAGGUAAAUUAGUUACUAACUUUUAUUUCGAAAAUUGUAAUUAUAAUAUUUUUUGUACAUAGUGGUUAGCAUAGUUAGUAAAUAGUCAAAUAAUAGACAAGUUAUUUCACGGAUUUGUUUAAAAAUGAUGUGUGCAUAAAUAACGGAAAUUAUUUCUUUUGAAGAAGAAAAUUUAUACAUAAGUAUAAUCCCUAGCUAAAUUAUUAAUAUAAUCGACAGUAGGCAAAGCAACUGGCUUCUCCUUAUUUGAGUGAGAACUAAUUUUGGAUAUCCAAUUUUGCUUAACAUAUUAUUCAGCCCUUUCUGUUAAGAGUUAAACUUGAUAAAAAAUAUAAUUUAAAUCAAAAGUAAUUCUAUAAUUAUGAAUAUGUAUAUUAGAUUGUAAAAUAAAAACUAAAAAAGUAGCGAUUGUAUAUAUAAAC